AUGGCGAUCCAGUACUACAACAAUCUGAAGUUUGCCAUCGGUGUAGACGAUGACAACAUCGCCAAGAAUUACUGGAGUGCAGUGGAAGACAUGGGUGGCGACGCUUCGAAGGUGCUCCUGGGCCUGUGCUUCGUCGACUGCAAUGAUGGUUUCAGGGCCUACGACCCCAGCUUCCCGGCGAAGAGCCAGACCCUGGCGCCCAACUUGCUCAAGAACGUAAUGUCCAAAGGCAAAGGCUUCGGAGGCGUCAUGAUCUGGGCGAACCCUCAGUCGAAGAAGAGCAGCAAGUGCAAGGAUGCCAGCGGGAAGGAGGACGGCUGCUUUCCGCAGAUGCCGGCAUGGCUGGACACUGUCUGCUACUCCGUGGGAGGCACGCCAGCUCCCACACCCCCACCGCCGCCGGUGCCGGAGGAUGGGUACAACGGGCAGUUCAUGAUCCCCGCCCAGUGGGGCUCAGCCUCCUGGAAGUACAAAGGCCCCAAGGGGCCAAUUGGCAUCUGCUUCGGUGGCGCCAGCGUCAUCCAGUUAAACACCGACGCCGGAUGUGCCCCAGGUGGUGAUACGUACCAAGUCACUGUGGACAUGUUGACGAAGGGCGGGCAGAAGUUCUACGACUUCGGAGGGGGCGACGCUAACGCUAAGCAGUGGUACACCGAAGAUCUCCUGGCCAAGCUGAAUGACUACAUGGACACUCUUGUCGGAAGCUAUGAGGGCAUCAUCUAUGACAUCGAAACCUUCCCGUCGGACUUCAACCCAACAACCAUGAAAAGCGCAUUGGACCUCUCCUUCUCCAUGGCCAAGUCCAAAGGAUUCAAUAUUAUCGCCAGCACCUCGUACACAUCACCCUACACGCCCGGAGGCUAUCCAAGCGACUACCAACAGCGCGUCGACGAGGUGUGGAAGCAUGUCAUGGCGAAUCCGGAGGUCGACAUCUUUGCGCCGCAGUUCUAUGGGGGGGACGGCAAGACCGCUAACAUCGUAGAGACCAGCGGUAGCUCCGUGAAGUUCACGACAUGGACAAGCACCAUCCAGGAUUCCUCCGGAAGAAUCCGCCCCAUCUUCAAGGCAUAUUCCUGGCAAUACUACGAGAAUCAGGUGGCCCAGAUGGAGCAGAAGUGCCAGUGCAGCAUACCUGAUGAGUUUUGCCAAGGUGGGUAUCUCCUCUGGGGUGGGCCUUGA